AUGGAGAACCAGGCAUCGGAGCUGCUACAGCAGCAGCAGAGCUACGAGGACGUUCGGAAAAGCGGGUAUCUCCGCAAGCAGAAAUCUAUGCACCGGCGAUUCUUCGUUUUGAGGGAGGCCUCGGAACAGGGCCCAGCCCGACUAGAAUAUUAUGAGAAUGAGAAGAAAUUCCAAAGCAAGUCACCUGUCCCGAAAAAAGCACUGAAUCUGGAGACUUGCUUCAACAUCAACAAGCGGGCGGAUUCCAAGAACAAGCACAUGAUAGUGCUUUAUACCCGCGGGGAGAGCUUUGCCAUUGCAGCAGACAGUGAGGAGGUCCAGAAUGAAUGGUACCAGGCCAUGCUGGACCUUCAGUGGAAAUGUAAGCCAUAGUACACGGGUUUACUAUCUAUGCUCAAUUUUCCCAUUGCACGUUUAGUCUGCAUGGGCUAAUGUUGGUCUAGCCAUUCUGGAUUGAAAUCCAUUUGACAUUUACAUCUGUAACGCGAUAUCAUGUUAUUGUAUCCUUUAUAGCCCAUCACACGUGUGAUGCUCUUUGUAGUAUAUAUAUAUAUUAUAUAGUACAUUGAAUACAGGAUAUUGCUAUUAUAAAUCAAGGUAUAGCCCUAUCCUAUGAGCAGGUGCAUUGCAGUUCAAAUGGGGUGGUGGACCACUGCUGCAUGCGCUGUCUCAGCAGUAGCCUAUCUGAAUAUUUUUUUUUGUAUAAUAACCAAUGUUUUUGAUCGUUUUCAUUUUCCUGCAUGUUAGCCUACAACAUUAUUGCAAACGUGCGUGAACCAACAUAUGGAAUUGUUGUAUUCUUAUUCGCGACCAAAUAGGCUGCAGCACGCCAUCAUUCAUAGCGCAUAGCCUAGGCUACUGCAGAGGAUGCAGCCGAGUAGUCCGCUGUAUGUUUUUAUUUUUCGACACAUAACUCUGCAUGUCGUGCGCAUAACCUACAUUUCUGUGCUAUGGCGUUGCCUGGCAUGGGGGAGAGCCGCAGCAUCUGCGUGUUUUCAUUGGGAAACGUGUUUCUAUCAGUUUCCGUCGUGUUUACAGUAGGUUGUUAUGCUGGAACACUAACCCCCACUGCUAUCGUUUCAGUAGUAAUAUAUAUAUAUAUAUAUAUAUAUAAAAAUCCUAAUAAUGAUUGUAAUAAUGUGGCACAACAUUUCCUCAACAUUACAUUUGUCUUUAUUAUAAGGGCCUAGUUAUUAUAUUUUCUAUUUAUAUAGGCAUAUGUAAUUGUGUCAUUCCACCAAUUGGGUGCCUUUUAAGUAGUGUAACUUAGUCCCAAAAACGUUUGAUUUCACCUAAUUUUAACAUCGUCAAAGAGCACAUGUUCAACUUAAUAAGAAACACGUUUUUCCAUCUCAAGAGUAAAAAAAAAAAAAAGAAGACUAUAUUAAGUGCCUAUUAAGUGCCAAACAAAGCAACAGGGUUGACUGUAACAGGGUUUACGAUGUCAAUUGAAAACGCAAAAGGCACUCAUUUCGUGGAACAACCCAAUUUAAGAAACAGUAUAGAGAACAAGGCUACACAAACACAUAUAUUGGUUUCUUGAGUGGAGCAGGAAUGUUGUUACAUGAAACCUAUCUGGUGUUACAAUGUGAUGGUCAGUAAUAACAUUGUAAUAACCUGUAGUUAGAGUUUCGACACCUUGUAGGUUAUAAAGAUUUAUCAUUUUCAUGAUUAUAAACAUUCUUUAUUGAAGCAACCCAAUAAUAUUAAUGUUCUUAAAGAAAUGGUUUAGAAAAAUAUGCCUUAUUUGCACAAUAUUAAAUGUCACUCCACCACAUGCGCUUAACCAUCAUGCAGUGUUUUUGUUAUAUGAUACAGUCUUCAAUUAUUGUUUUUUUAUGAAUGCAUUCAUGCAACAACAGGGGCCUGCAUGAAUAAUUGGGCUAGUCAUGUGUCUCUCACAUGGACAGGGAUUUUUAAAGCAGUUAGGCUGCGGAGUUCCUAAAUGUGCUGUAUGUGCUACAACUGACGUUCCUUCUGACCUUGAUAAUAUAGGAAUAUUGUAUACAAUAUUUUGGUCUCCUGUCUGUCAACCGUCGUAAUGUGCUGUCUCUCUGUGUGUGUCUCUCUCUGUCUCUAUACUGUAUAUCUCUUUGCAUAGUUUUUUGUCUUGCUGUGUAUUGAUAUGUGUCUUUGUUGUGAUUCUCCGCAGGUAAAAGCCCAGAGGACUGUGGCAGUGGUGGAGAGUGUGGACUCCCCUCUCCUCCAAGCCCUGUCUUUAAGGAGGUGUGGCAGGUCAAGGUGUGGCCUAAAGGGCUUGGCCAGGCCAGAAACCUAGUGGGCAUCUACCGGCUGUGCCUGACUGAUAAGACGGUCAACUUCGUCAAGCUCAACUCUGACAUGGCCACCGUGGUCCUACAGCUGAUGAAUGUGCGUCGCUGUGGCCACUCUGAGAACUUCUUCUUCAUCGAAGUGGGCCGCUCGGCCAUGACGGGGCCUGGGGAGUUCUGGAUGCAGGUGGAGGACUCGGUGGUGGCCCAGAACAUGCAUGAGACCCUGCUGGAGGCCAUGAAGGCUCUGAGCGAGGAGUUCCGCCAGCGCAGUAAGUCCCAGUCUGUGGGAGCUACAGCUGGAGGUGGCACCGCCUCCAACCCCAUCAGUGUCCCCACCCGCCGCCACCACCCCAACCUACCCCCCAGCCAGGUGGGCUUCGGCAGACGAUCCCGGACCGAGACCCCUGGAUCAGGUGGGGCCAACUGUACCAGCACUUCACCCACGCCACGCAACGGGUUCCCCAGGGCGCGUACAGCCAGCAUCGGGGAAAGGAUGGAGGAGGGUGGAGGUGGAGCCAGGGGGGCAUGGGCAAGCUCCAGUCCCAGCCUGAAUGGAUCCUGUUCCAAUACGCCCACCCUGAGACCCAAGCCCACCAGAGCUCCAACCCCAGCUAAGAUCACUCUCAGCCUGGCCCGCUACACCCCCAACCCAGCCCCUUCUCCAGCCCCAAGUCUCUCCUCCAGCUCUGGUCAUGGCUCAGAGUGUGGACUAGUCGGAGGGGCAAUGGGAGGCGUAGCGAUCUGCUCUUACACCCGUGUCCCUCAGAGAGUCUCUGUGUCGGGCUCCCCUAGUGACUAUGGCUCCUCAGACGAGUAUGGCUCCAGCCCUGGAGAGCACUCCCUGCUGGUCCCCAGUCUGCCUGGAGGGUCCCAUGGCGGGAUGGGACACCAUACUCAUGGAGCAAGCUCUUUCAGCUACAUAGUGAUGGGCCAGAGAGAGAGCCUCCCUGGGUCCCAUCAGCGUCCUCAAGGCCGGAGGAUGCUGCGGCGCUCCUCCAGCAGGGAGUGUGAGGCAGAGCGCAGACUCCUCAGCAAGAGGGCCUCCCUGCCCCUGGCUGCCCACGAACGCCUGGCCCCUCACAGGAAGGAGGAAGAGGAUGAGGAUGAAGAGUACGCUGUCAUGUCGCGGAGUGUUAGCAGGGAUACCUUUGUGUCACUGCGUGGAUCAGGGGGCUCGGCAGCAGGGGGCUCGGCAGUGGCAGUCAUGGUUGGGGAGACCCGGGCGAGGGCUGAUGGCGUCCGAGGAGAGGUGGGAGGAGGAGGAGGGGCGCCAGUGGACAGUGGCUACAUGUCCAUGUUACCUGGAGUGACGGCUCCUCCUGUUUCUCUCUCUCUGUCUGUGGCCGUGUCUGAUGUCGGUGCCAAACCUGGGGCUGAUGAUGAGUACAUGGCCAUGACCCCCAACAAUAGUGUGUCUCCCCCCCAGCACAUCCGCCUGCCUGUCUCAGAGGGCUACAUGGUUAUGUCCCCCAACAGCAGCUGCUCCCCAGACUUGCAUGGAAUGGCCAUGUGGGGGAGCAGGGGCAGCAUGGAGAGCCGGGCUGGCAGUGACUACAUGAACAUGUCUCCAAUCAGCAUCCGCUCGGCUUGCAGCACACCCCCCUCCCAACCUGAACAGAACCAGUUACAACCCAAGAUGGUCUACUCCUACUUCUCUCUGCCGCGAUCCUACAAACACACGCUCUCCACACGCUUCGAGGAUGACUUAGAUCAAGGGAAAAGGAAGGAGGGUGGUCAUCACAACCAUGACUGUCCUGGAAAUCGGGAUGGACAAGUGGGCUACAGCAAGAGGGACACAGCCAUUGUUGGCCCUGCAGGAGGCUGUCAACUCUGCCUCUCCUCUUCCUCCUUCUCUUCCAGCUCAGCUAGCAGUGAGAGCCUGGAUGAUAGGCCCAUGUCAGUGGCAACUGGGGGAGGGCUACGACUAACAAGAACAGGGCCAGGGUUCAAGAAUGGGGGAGCACGCUCAAAGGACGGAUCCUACCAGCAGAAACGUGCAUUGCAUGGCCAAGUGGGACAGCAGACGAAGCCUCGUCCCCUCAGUGUGUCUGUGGACAUGUCUAAAGCUAACACCUUGCCAAGGGUUAAGGUGAAUCUCCUUCCCACAGUGCCUCAGAGCCCUGGGGAUUAUGUCAGCAUUGUGUUCAGGGGUGGUGAUGUGGGGUGCAGGAGAGGGGGCCAGUGGGGGCCAGAGCAUGGACUGUCAGUCACCCAUGGAACCCCGAGGCCCCUGCACCGUCCAGCCCUCUGCCACAGUGGCUCCACCAACCUCCCCCGCAGCUUCUCUGCACCUCUGGCCACCUCUGCUGCCUUGGCUGCCUCUGCUGAGUACGUCAACAUGGACUUGGGGAUGGGGGACUCCCCUUGCCCCUCCCCCCAGACCCCUGUUAAAUCACCUUUCAGCCUGCCCCCAGCCAUCGCCCCGAAGCCCCGAGUUGUGGCCCGUAGUAGGACCUCUCCUAGGGCAGCAGAGGGCAAUGUAGGUGGGCAUAGGGCGGCAGUGCCAACAGACUUACCCACGUCAUAUACAGACUACACAGAGAUGGCCUUCAGCAUGGGUUCAGAACCUAACCCUGCAACGCCUGCCAUGCACGUUGCCCAAGCAUCAUCAAUGGAGCAGGAACCAGGCUUGGACUAUCCCUCAGAAAAGUCCUACUCAUCUCCUGACCAGAACCAAAGCAGCAGGCUGGCCAGAGACAGGGUUGACAGGGGCGACCAACUGGGACGGAGACGCCACCACUCUGAGACCUUCAUCAUGACUCCUCCCUCUCUCCCCUUCCACCUGUCCUCCUCAGGCUCCUUGUUCUUGGAGAGCGCCCAGGCAGCAUCGCCUCAUCGGCAUGGAGUGCUGGAGGGGGGUUCACCAUGGGAGAAUGCACAGGCAGCUAUGUCUCAAUGUGCCAUUCCUGCUGCACCCGCAGCCCAGGCUUCAUCCUCUGGGCCUGCUGAACAAGGCCUUAAUUAUAUUGAUCUGGACCUGGCCAUUAAGGACAGCUCUCAGACUGGACUGGAGGGGGGAGCCACUGUCCCCCACAACAUCUUCACAUCCAUCCACAGUGGGGCAGUUGGGGGAGGCAUGACUGUUUUGCGGAACAACCCUGGCUAUGCCAGUAUUGAUUUCUGCAAAUCAAAGGAGCUGAGAGCACAUCAUCAGGGCAGCAGGAAAGAUGGAAAAGGUAAAGUUACUAAACACCUGUUGUAUAUGUUUUAUCACGAAAUGCACACAGAAAUGGGUAUGUUAGUUAUCAACAUCAUCAUCAGUAGUAGAAAUCUUUGUUAUUCUGUGUGA